CCGGAACCUCUUGCGAAGGGAGCUUGUGAAUUGAGUUGUGUGCUGGUUUGGCUGGUCUUGAAUUCGCUGGUGAGAUUGGGAUUGUUUGAUUCUGGCUCGCUCCGAAACCUCCGGCUUCCUCUGCCCUCGCUGGCUCGCCCUCUUGCAAGUCAGCUCGCAAUGACGGAACCCUUCCCAGCACUCCAUGGCAUGCCGCUCAAGGCGCCAGCCGGUGGUGCCAUGCGGAGAAGAAAGUCUAGUGCGAUUGGAGGGGAUCUGCACGGCGAUGUGGAUGUGCCCUCGUUUGCGACGGCGAGGACAAACACACCGCCGCUGAACAGUCCGACGGGUGGAGAUGGGAAACUCGACAAAUCCGCCCGCCGCUCCAAACGCCGCACCGUCCGCCGCGGCCUCUCCAAAUUCAAGCGCCUCUGCAUCCGCCAUACCUGGCUACUCCCGCUCAUCCUCAGUCUGACCAUCGUCGCCCUGUACCUGGUCUACCCGUACCCCUCGAAUCCCAUCGCGUCGUGUCUAUUCCUGUCGUACGCGCUGCCACGCGACCACCCCCUCAUCCCCGCCGCCGUGCGCGCAGACCCCAAUUCACCAACAUACUACGGAAAAGGCGUGCGCGACUUCGCCUUCGUCGGCUUCUACAUCAUCGUGCUGAGCUUCACGCGCGAGCUGUGCAUGCAGCGGCUCAUCCGGCCGAUUGCGGUGCGCUGCGGGAUCAGGGGUCGUGCCAAGCAGAGCCGCUUCAUGGAGCAGGCGUACACGGCGCUGUACUUUGGCUUGUACGGGCCUUUUGGACUGUAUGUCAUGUCUCGCACGCCUGUGUGGUACUUCAACACGACGGGCAUGUAUGAGGGGUUUCCGCACCGCACGAAUGAAGCGGUUUUCAAGGCGUAUUAUCUGCUGCAGGCGAGCUACUGGGCGCAGCAGGCCGUCGUCCUGCUUCUUAUGCUUGAGAAGCCGCGCAAGGAUUUUAGGGAGCUGGUUGCGCAUCAUAUCAUUACGUUGAGCUUGAUUUGGUCCAGCUACCGGUUUCACUUCACGUACAUCGGUAUCGCCGUGUACAUCACGCACGACAUUUCGGAUUUUUUCCUCGCCACGUCCAAACUCCUCAACUACAUCGACUCGCCCAUCGUCGGCCCCUACUUCUUCGUCUUCAUGUGCGCCUGGGGCUACCUACGCCACUACAUCAACCUGAAGAUCCUGUACUCCUUCACAACGGAAUUCCGCACCGUCGGCCCCUACGAGCUCAACUGGGAGACGCAGCAGUACAAGUGUCCGCUCAGUCUGGCGAUUGGGGGGGGCCUGCUGGUCGCGCUGCAGGCGGUGAAUUUGUUCUGGUGGUUCUUUAUUUGUAGGAUUGCGUAUCGCUUUGUGCUGUUUAAGACGGCGGAUGAUGAUCGGAGUGAGUAUGAGCCUACGGAUGAGGAGGGGGAGGGGAGGGAGGUGGAGGGCGUGGUUGGGGAGGCGAAGAAGGUGCUGGGUGUUGAGGAGGGGGAUGCGUCUGUGUUGGUGGAGCAGGCGGAGGAGCGAGGGUCGAUUGGGGAGCGCGUUAAGCAGCGGAAGAAGGCGGGGGUGUCGUGAGGACGUCGACUAGAAAGCCGUGGUGUGGAUGAAGUUUUGUGAGUCGUGGCAUACCCGGUUGGGGUGCUUGUUGCAUAGCGGGU